ACAACCAGCAUGCCCUUCGGAUUUUUGCCCCAUUGUCGACUUCUGAUGACGCAGGGGUAAAGCGACAGACAUACACACACAUGCUAAAAGUGUUUCUGAAAAAUGGCAAGAGUGCAAGUUAGUGAAGCUGAAAAAGUGUACAUACUACACGGCAUACGAGAUGACUUAAGGGUGGAUGGACGAGGCUGCGAGGACUACAGACACAUGGAAAUAGAGACCGAUGUGGUUUCCAACACAGACGGAUCCGCCAAAGUCACGCUGGGGCACACAGCGGUUCUUGUGGGGGUUAAGGCAGAGAUUGGAAAACCGAGGCCAACGGUGCCAACUGAGGGCUAUUUGGAGUUCUUUGUUGAUUGUUCGGCCAAUGCGACCCCCGAGUUUGAGGGCAGAGGGGGUGAGGAGCUGGGCACGGAGCUGAGUAACACCCUCUACAAAGUCUUCAACAACAAACGCAGCAUCGAUCUGAAGAGCCUCUGCAUAUGUGCUGGAGAACACUGCUGGGUGCUCUAUGUGGAUGUGCUGCUCCUGCAGUGUGAUGGAAACUUGUACGAUGCCAUAUCAGUAGCUAUCAAGGCGGCUCUCUUCAACACAAAAAUUCCCAAAGUUCACAUAUCAUCCGAUGAUGAAGGAGGAAAAGAAAUAGAGCUGUCUGACGACCCCUACGACUGUAUGAGACUCAACGUAGAAAACGUUCCCUGUAUAGUGACUUUGUGCAAGGUGGGACACAGACAUGUGGUGGAUGCAACACUGCAGGAGAAGGCCUGCUCUGUGGCAAGCCUCAUCAUCUCCGUCACGCACAAGGGCACCAUCACCUGUAUGAGGAAGGUGGGCGGAGGCAGUCUGGACCCAGAGAGCAUCUUUGAAAUGACAGAGGCGGGCAAACGAGUUGGGAAAGCCCUCCACGCUCCUCUCAUGAAGCUGCUGGAACAGGAAGAGAGUCUUGGAAAAAAGAGACAAAAAGUUGGUUUUUUGGGCUAAAAAUCCGCUCCUGUUUCUAAGUUUGUGUUUACAUGUAUACAUAAUUUUCUAAUAAAGUGUUUAUUUGUACUCUGCUUA